AUGGCCAACCCGGCGAGUGGGGGUUUGACGACGGAAGAAAGGAGAGAGCAGUGCGCAGCCCAAUCUGCAACCAUCUGCGCGUAUCGAACUCAAUCACCCCCGAAGUACCGCGGUGCCGCACUGUGCAGGGCCCCAAGCAGGAUUUCCCGCAGUGUACUCAACAGACCUAUGCAAGUCUCUGGUAUCGCUGACGGAGACGGCGCAGAAACGGGCGCACUCGAUGACGUUGACGGGCUUGGUUCUAUCGGAGAGGGGAUGACAGUUGGCGUUGGAAUGCUGACUGAGGAUAUCGACGAGGGUGUUGCUGGUGCUGGCAUGGGGCUACCAGAUAAUCUCGACGUCAUCCAAUUCGAUCUGGAAGAUUGGGUCACUGGAGGCAUCCAGCUGGCCAAGUGUGGUUACGGUGAUGAUAAGCGACGAAGUAGUAUCCGUGACAGCGACGUUACCUCCCACCCUGGUCCAAUCUGAUCGCCCAAAAAAUGACUGGAUUCCACAGGUAACCCCGUUAAGGGACACCUCAACGUUUGUUUGCCCACUUACGGCCCCCACAACUCUGACCCAAGCAGAACAGCCAACCUGUGUGCCCGGAGGAAUAGCAAACUGUGCUUGGGAUACGGUGAGCUGUCCUAUGGGGUUGCUGUCCUUACUAGCAACGAAUGCACGCCCACUACUAUGAGGAUUGGUGCUGAUGUCGGAAAACGCCCAAUCUUCAGGCGCUUCUGUGGAAGAAGUCCAUGACACAAAUUGGUUAAAGUCCACAUCGUCAAAGGUGGGGUUAUCAACAUAGUUAGAGCAGGUAGGACUAGCGAUGGCCGAAGA